AUGUCAAAUGUGAGCCUUGUGACAAUGUUCAUCCUCACGGGCCUUCCCCAUGCCCCAGCACUGCACACUCCCCUCCUUGGAAUCUUCCUGGUGAUUUAUGUGCUCACUGUGCUGGGGAACCUCCUCAUCCUGCUGGUGAUCAGGCUGGAUUCUCGCCUCCACACCCUCAUGUACUACUUCCUCACCGUCCUGCCUUUCAUUGACAUGUGGCUGUCCACUGUCAUGGUGCCCAAAAUGCUGAUGACCUUGUCCUCCCCGGGUGGCAGGGCUAUCUCCUUCCACAGCUGCAUGGCCCAGCUCUAUUGCUUCUACUUCCUGGGGGGCACAGAGUGUUUCCUGUACAUGGUCAUGUCCUGUGAUCGCUACCUGGCCAUCACGUACCCACUCAGGUAUGCCAGCAUGAUGAGUGGGAGAACCUGUGCCCUCCUGGCCACCAGCACUUGGCUCGGUGGCUCUCUGCACUCUGCUGUCCAGACCAUAUUGACAUUCCGUUUGCCCUUCUGUGGGCCCAACCAGAUCCAGCACUACUUCUGUCAUGCACCACCCAUCCUCAAACUGGCCUGUGCAGACACCUCCACCAUUGAGACGGUCAUCUUUGUGAGCAUUGGGAUGGUGGCCUUGAGCUGCUUUCUCCUGAUAGUGCUGUCCUGUGUGUCCAUCAUCUGUUCUAUCCUGGGGAUCCGCACCUCAGAGGGGAGACACCGAGCCUUUCAGACCUGUGCCGCCCACUGUAUCGUGGUCCUUUGUUUCUUUGGCCCUGGUCUUUUCAUUUACCUGAGGCCAGGCUCCAGGGAUGCCGUGGAUGGUCUUGUGGCAGUUUUCUACAGUGUAUUGACACCUCUUCUCAACCCUGUAGUGUACACCCUGAGGAACAACAUUGGAUUUUAG